AUGCGAACAUCAAAACACAAGGCUGCCGCUAAUGAUGUCGUGUCUGAUGGUGUAGUAUACCUGCAAACAUUAAGACACGAGGCUGCUGCUAAUGCCGUUGUGUCCGGUGGUGUAGAAUGAUGUAAGUAGACCUGCGAAUGUCGAGAUACGAGACUGCUGCUAAUGCUGUUGUGUCUGGUGGUGUAGCAUUCUUUGAACAAGCCGUAACGUGGAUACAGACCGAUCUCUGGAUCCGUGGCUUCGACAAUGAGUUCGCUCUCGAAUACUUCAAAAGCUUGCCAUCGGGUCUGCUACCGAUUCAGCCUGCACCAAUCCGGUGCUGUACCCGUUGCACCUCAAUUGUAGCUGAUCGGUGUAAAAUCAGUCUUUUCGACCUCAAAGCUACUGAAUCGAGUUGCCAGAUCUGCGCUUUGCUCCUUCGUUCAGCUAAAACACAUUGCGACGACACGGAACAAGACAUUCGAAUCGUACGCGAGGAAUCGUGGUUGAGGUUAGGACGUAGGGGGCGCCGAAUUCUUCGGUUGGGUUGUACUCCAGAGUAUUCUUCUGGUGCAAGCGGAAACCUCCAGAUCAGUUUCCCAGCUUUACCAGCAGCUGGAGGCGUUACACAAUUUGCGCUACUUAGAGCGUGGCUUCGUUGGUGUGAUGAUUCCCACGACUGCGCGAGGCAUACUGCAGAAGUCGACAUAGCAAUGCCAAGCAGGCUUCUCGACGUUACGAAUCUAAAUCUCGAUCUCCUGCGUCUCUUUCGUCCUAAGAAAAGGGACAAUACGAAGUACGUAGCAUUAUCUCAUUGCUGGGGUAACCUCACCGAUAAAGAGAAGCGGAAGUUCUGCACGUUCGAUGACAAUAUCAAAGAUCGACUCAAGGGUUUCACCUUCUCUGAGCUACCAAAAACAUUCCAGGAUGCAAUCCGAGUAACUCGGGAGCUCGGCAUUCAAUACCUCUGGAUCGAUUCACUCUGCAUAAUCCAGGAGAACCAGAAAGAUUGGGAGCAUGAGGCCAAACGUAUGGAAAGCGUCUACGCUUUAGCUUAUUGCACAAUCGCUGCAACUUCAGCUGUCGACUCGAACGCGGGAUUUCUCGAGCGGAACGUAAGCAACGAGUAUGUUUCCGCUCAAGACAUCUCAGGCCGACGAUUCUACGUCUGUACCGACCUUGACGAUUUCGACAACGACGUGGAAAACGCUCAUCUCAACAAGCGAGCCUGGGUGAUGCAGGAAAGGGUCUUGUCUCGACGAACUAUCCACUUUACUACCAACCAGGUGUAUUUUGAAUGUGGGGGCGGGAUUUACUGCGAAAACUUUGCUACACUGAAAAGCUCUAUUCGGAAGAAGUACUUCAUGCUUGAUCCAAAUUUCCCGGAUCGGCUCCUUGCAUCAGGCAAUCAACGUGCGAUAGAAUUUAUUAGUUUUCUUUCUGAGGAGUACUCGAAGCGUGGUCUGACAAAGAAGACCGACAGAUCUGUUGCAAUAUCUGGACUAGGGGCCCGUAUUGCACGCGCUAGGAAGUGUGAAACCAAAUACGGGGUCUUUCAGCCAUAUCUUCACAGAAAUCUUCUAUGGCAGAGGUCUGGGGAGAAAAAGAUGAAGCGGAUCGGCUACGAAAGCCAGGCUGUGCCAACUUGGUCAUGGAUGGCAUAUGACGGAAGCAUCCAGUUCUUGGAUAUCCCUUUCGGCGGCGUGGAAUGGGUGCACGGCCUGCGACUCAGUAAGGGGUACAAAUAUGGCUGGUUCAACAAGAACAAGAGGGCCAAACCUGCGUUGGUCACCGACAUAGGCGUUUUCCGGAAUUGCAGCCUGGAACAGAGGGAUAUGAACUAUACAAUAUUGGACUCGGACAAGGCAGAAAUAGGGUGUAUUCGGUACGAUGUGGAUGGGAGCGAGAGCCUCGAUGAUGAACUAUGUUGUGUCGUUGGGCGGCAUGUUAGUUGGGACAAGUACUAUAUAUUAGUUGUCCGGUGGGUUGGCGUGGACAAAGAGUAUACAAGGGUCGGAGUCGGGUGGAUCCAAGGUGAUUAUAUAGUGACGCAGAUGCGCAACGUGCGUCUUGUAUGAAUGGCAUUGCACGUAGCGGAACGAUGAAUGGAU